UUGGCUGAAUAUAACGGCGCCAUCUUUGAUUCUCAUUGUCGUCUGCAAAUGAAGAACUGGUGACGCAGCAGUUUUAAAACGUCACUUAGCCUCGAAAAUAACAGCGAAAACUGCAGCAACUGUAGUGUUAUAGUACUGGAAAGAAGUCUGAGCGGAUAAUACCAUCCAUGAAUCUACGGUUUCCGUUUGGAAGGGCCACCGACGUGCACUUGACCGAUGGGCAAAACGUCCCGUUAUGGAGGGAUAUGGAAACUUCUGACGAGAGAAAAUAUUCCAUUCCGUUUCGCUGGCGCUAACAGAUGGCAAAGUGUUCUGGACUGGGGACGGUACCAGGGCUUCUUCCCGGGGUUGGACGAGGUGAGGUACACUGCACCCUGCCUGCCACCAGGGGGCGUCCGUCUGCAUGGAGGAGACACCGUUCUCCUACAGCCGCUGACAGGCGGGCACUCUGUCCUGGACCACAAUUACUCAAGUGUCUUUCCUACUGCCUCGGGAGGCAAUCAAAACUUUUACGACCAGAGCGGGAGCGCCUUCUUCCGUCCUCGGGCGGACAGCGCGGGUAGCACCGGGGCGGUGUCCCGCAAGUUGGCCUCCUUGUCCAUCGACAAACCAGUCGGCUGCUCUCCCGACGACACCGACGAACUCCCCGAUGUGCCAACCGCGGAGACAGCAGCAGCGCCACCUAGAGAGGAUUACUGGAACAGCAUGGCCGUGACGGACGUCAGCGAGCCGGAGGAAGGAAGCGGACCAGGGGACGGCCUGUCCCGGGUGACGGAGUACUACCGGCCCGCAGACGUCACUCUCAGCUGCCUGCACACCGCAGCAAUGGGUAACAACGGAACAUCAACACAGGCGAUCAGCAGCCAGCGCCGCCGUAAGCCCGCCAAACCCACCAAGAGUCCCGCCCGGUUCGACCCCGCCUUCAAAGGCGUGACUUUCCAGAUAGAGACGCUUCCGCACCCGAAACCUUCUCUACGGAUUCGCUCCUAUUUCAGCAUCCGGCGGCGUUCCCAGGCGGCCCGCCCGCGCCGCUUCUCGGAGUCUGACGCGGCGUCCUACCGGCGGCGCAGCGGCAGCCUCACCGAGACCACCAGCGGGUCUGAGCACGAGGAGCCGCACCCCGUACCGCAACAUGCUCACGGUGCUAAGCAGUGCGCCUCCUGUGACACUAAGAAGACCCCGCUGUGGCGGGACGCGGAAGACGGGACUCCGCUCUGUAACGCGUGCGGGAUCAGGUACAAGAAGUACCGUGUGCGCUGUACCCGGUGCUGGCACGUCCCCAAGAAGGACGGCAAGUCUUACCCGAACUGUGGCCGCUGUGGAGACCUGUUGCGAGUCUCCAUCUUCCGCCGAUACAGCAUUUAAACCGACGCCUCUGUUUUAUAGGCUUCCUCUUAUACGUUAUAGCCUCAACCAGGCUUGGGGAAGCGGCUGGAAAGAGUAGAAAUUGGCCAAAUAUUACAUGUCAGAGGAGUUGGUCCAAAUAUUUGGCGCUCCCGAGGCCAACUGUACUGUCUGGCGGACAUGUUAUCUGUCUAUUUGGCCAAUUUCUACUCUUUUCCAGUCGCUUCUCGAAACCUGGUACAUACCAGCUUCCUACACUCUUACCGUGCCGUGGAACGGUAGACACUUCAGUUCAGGAGGCUACGCGUAGGAGGCUAGUCUCUACCAGACUCCUUUUGCAGGCUGAAUAAAUCGUAGAAUUCGUCAUAAAAAGGGUAUUCAAUUGGCCAAUAUGAGGGUCCAGCUGCUACCUUAUCUGGCCAAUUAAAUGCCCCUUUAAUGCAAAUUUCUAUGAUUUAUUCAGCCUGCAAAAAGGAGUCUGGUGGAGACUAUAGGAGGCGACUCUCUUGGCGUUCAUUCGUAUUUUCUACUUAUAUUAUAUUGGGGUUUCCCAAUUCUUCUGCUGUUAGAGUUUUAAUGAGUUGAGCUCUAUAUUUAUGGUUUGAUGUCUUUUUGUUAUGAUGAUGUACAUGUGUUUUUCAUGUACCAUUUUUGCACGGUUUUGUUCAAUGUUUGCACAUUUAUAUCGAGUUUUUAUAACCAUAUUGUGGUUAUCGAUUUGUUACAUUGUUUGGGCUCGAUGAUCUGAACACUAUUUAUAACGUGUAAUGUAUGUACAGGUAAGGAUCAGAACACAGUCACUGUGUAGACGGCGCCCCCAUGCGGCAGGCAGGGGUAGUGCACCUCACCUUGGUCAUCCUUUGUUAUUUUCCAUCUCAAUGUCAGCUCAGAGACUGAAACUGGUUACACAACAGAGAUGUACACGUAGCACCAUGUUCCUAAAGUCUGUCAUCAUUCUAAAAUAAAAAAAAAAAACAGAAAAAAAAAACAGAUGAAAGAUAUGAAAUUUUGUGAUCUGUUAAUUUUACUUUUACUUGAACAUGUCUUGUGCAGUAUUUGAAGUGUUUUCAAUAAAUGUCCCAAACAAGGUGUUGAUGUCUAGAUCUUUGCCUCUCCUGACAAAUAUU